GAAAGCGCACUUCCGGCCCUGACGGAAGUUGUUGCUCAGUCGUUUCCGAGGCGUUGUGAGGUAGAGGAGCCUUCCAAAUGGAUCGCAGCCGCAGCCAAAGCCGCAGUCGCAGCCGCAGUCGCAGCGGCAGCCGCUCCCGCUCCCGCUCCCCUCAGGGGGGUGAGUCUGGAAGCAAUUUGGAGGGUCUGGGGCUCGAACAUAAGCGGUCCCCGUCCACUUCACCGGAGAAAGAACCCAGUCGCCAGGAAAGGUCUCGGUCCCGGGAGAGAGAGCUGAGAAGGAGCCGCUCUGGGUCCCCACAUGGAAGACGCUCCAGAUCCCCAAGACGACAUAGAUCCACAUCUCCUUCUCCUUCUCGACUGAAAGAAAGAAGAGAUGAGGAAAAGAAAGAAACAAAGAGCAAAGAACGUCAGAUAACUGAGGAAGAUUUAGAGGGCAAAACAGAAGAAGAAAUAGAAAUGAUGAAGGUAAUGGGAUUUUCCGCCUUUGACUCAACAAAAGGAAAAAGGUUGGUUGGCUGUGUAAAUGCCUAUGCCGUAAAUAUAUCUCAGAAAUACAGAGAGAGAGAAGAGGAGAAGAGAAGAGAGAGAGAGAGAGAAGCACGAGAGAGAAAUGAUAGGCGGUAUCGUUCACGCACCCCGACCAGGGACCGAUACCGCGGCUCAAGCAUGCGCUACGACCGGGACUCAUACCGGAGACACCACAGUUCACGGGACUACGCUCAUUCAGCUGAGCCACACCGGCCAAGGCUAAAAUUAUAGAUUUAAAGUAGAUCUCUCCUGAAUUACUCACCUAGAUUGAUUAUGCAGGACAUGAAUUGCAAAGGUGGAUUCAACAGACCUUUGGAUUUCAUUGCGUGAGAAUUGAAAUGUUGAAGAAUGGUUGUUUUUUCCUUCAUCUUGAUCAGAAGAGUGGAUUUUGUUUUGUUUUUUGUAUUUCAUAUGCAUCAAAACAGGAUCGCAGUCCUUUGUAAAGUAAGAAAAUUUUACCUGUGAUGUGUGCAGUUCGCUUACCUUGCCUCAAAAGAAGAAAUGUUAAAUAUUUCAUUUUUUUCUUUUAGGAAGUAUCAUUUGGGGCAAUCAUCAACCCCAUUUUUUUUUCUUUUUUCUUUUUUCGUCUUUAUUCCUGUGGAAGCUGUAUAUGUUUUCUUCUUGGGUGCUUGAUAGGACUUCUUAAAACACGUAAAAGUAAUUUGGAUGUAAGCUUCUCAAAUAAAGCGAUAUUUCUACCCUCUUGUA